CACUAGAUUCGCUCCCCCGCCGAUUCGUCUCGUCGCGACACCCAGAGAGAGAAAAUCUGGUUGCUACUCCAAUGGCGCAGAUCAUCGACGGCAAGGCCAUCGCCGCCGAAAUCCGGCGCGACAUCGCCGCGGAGGUCGCCGCGCUCUCCUCCGCCCACAACAUCGUGCCGGGGCUGGCGGUGGUGAUCGUGGGGAGCAGGAAGGACUCGCAGACGUACGUGAGCAUGAAGCGCAAGGCCUGCGCCGAGGCCGGCAUCCGCUCCGUCGACGUCGACCUCCCCGAGGACACCUCCCAGGCCGCGCUCGUCGCCGAGGUCCACCGCCUCAACGCCGACCCUUCUGUCCACGGCAUCCUUGUCCAGCUUCCAUUGCCCAAACAUAUCAAUGAGGAACAUAUAUUAAAUGAGAUUUCCAUUGAGAAAGAUGUCGAUGGUUUUCAUCCUCUGAACAUUGGGAAGCUUGCAAUGAAAGGUAGAGAUCCACUGUUCCUACCAUGUACACCAAAGGGAUGCAUGGAGCUCCUGUCACGAAGUGGAAUCACUGUGAAAGGAAAACAAGCAGUUGUGGUUGGGCGUAGCAACAUUGUCGGUUUACCAGUAUCCCUUCUUCUUCUGAAGGCGGAUGCCACCGUGUCGAUUGUGCAUUCACGGACCCCAAAUCCUGAAGCCAUUGUGCGUCAAGCAGACAUUAUCAUUGCAGCAGCUGGCCAGGCUAUGAUGAUAAAAGGAGAUUGGAUCAAGCCUGGUGCUGCGGUCAUCGAUGUCGGGACAAAUUCCAUCGAUGACCCAACCAGGAAGUCUGGUUACAGGCUCGUCGGCGAUGUGGAUUUUGCAGAGGCGAGCAAGGUCGCUGGUCACCUGACACCAGUUCCUGGAGGUGUUGGACCAAUGACUGUGGCGAUGUUGCUGAAGAACACGGUGGAUGGCGCAAAGAGGGGUAUAGUCCUGUAGAUUUUUUUUGAUCUUGCCGUGACAAGAUGUUGUACGAUUUGGUAACGUGAGGCUGGUGUUGUAACUGAGUCCUUACUCAGACAAAUUCGUUCUGCAUUUUUUAUUCUUGCGCUAUUUCAAGAACCAUUAGUUGCUAGUGUAUUUUUUUAUAAAUAAAUGCAGAACCAACGUGGGGUAAUGGGGACACUUACUCCUGGUUACCACGAAAAAACUAA